GAUCGGUUCUGUUUUUGGCGCGUGCUGAAAAAAUUGAAAGCAAAUAACAUAACGUAACAGCAACAAGAAGCAGAACUGCAGACGUCAAAGUCGCUGCCAAUAAAAGAUAUAUAAAAUAAAUAGGAAGCAUUUGGCAAAACGGUUCAAAACAGCGACUGCUGCAAAUUGUCACAGUUCGAGUGUUUUGUGCCCAGGCCCAGCUAAAAUAUAUACAUAAAACCCAAGACUGACAACUGGCCUAGAUAAAACCUAUAUAUUGUGAUAUUAUCAAUAAGUAAAUAGUGUGUGUGAUAAAUACUUAGAUAAGCCAAGAACAGUUGCCAAAUAUAAUAAAAAAAUUAUACAGAAAAAAAACAUGCAGGACUAUUGGCACAUACCACGCGCCUCGCUUGUCUCCUCUAGCAGCUCGGCCAUCAGCUCGGCGAGCUCAUCAAAAUCAUCGAAUAAAUCGAAUUCAAAUCCCCCAACGCUGGCGCAGCGCAGCAACGUUUCGGCCAAUUCGAAUGCGACCAGCGCGGCGGUAACCGCAGCUGCUGCGGCGGCUGUGCUGGCGGCUGCCAAGCGUGGAUCACGCUCCUCGCAGGGCUCCAGCGACAGCAACAACAGCACACGGAGCGCCGCUUCCGGCUCACUGCUGCUGACGGCAGCGAAUCUGGAACGCUUCGCGGAGAUACACAAGAAACAGGAGCGUCAGCACAAGAUGCUGCUGUCGGAGCAGCUGCCCAGCGUGCAUGGCCAUAGCUCCUCGUCGGCCAAUUAUAAUGCCAAUCUGGCAUUGGCCAGCCACGACAAGGACGCGGUAAUACCCAUCGAUGCUGAUCCCAAUCUACAGUACGUACGCACCAAAGACCUGGACACCGUGUCCAUAGCCAGCUCGAUGCACUUCACCAUGGUCAAUGGCGAGCCCGGCGGCGCCAAGAAGCCCAAGCGUGGCCUCUGCGAUCGCGGACGCCAGGUGACGGUGCUGAUUGUCAGCAUGAGCACCAUCUUCAUGCUGCUCAUCAUGGGCAUGGUCUACGCACUGGAGAUGCGUGCCCGCGACAUGCCCAAGAGCUAACGCAAUUGCGUGCGGCGUUUCGGGUGGGCGCAACCCUUUUCUGUGGCUUCUUAGUUUAUUAUUUAUUUGAUUUCCGUGUCAAUUAUUGUUAUGUGCGUCGUCAUCGUCUUUUGUGCUAGUUGUUUAAGUUAUUUAUUAUACAAAAAAAAUUAGAAAAAGAACAAUAAUUGUUUUGAGAGCGAAAUUUUUGUAUGGCCCGCGUCAUACUAGUAUUAAGCGAAUUACAUCUAAUUAGCCUUAAAUUAAUGGUUAAAUGUAUCACAGCAAAGCCCUGGACAAUCAACGAUACUGAAGUGAAUGCCGUAGUUAAAGCAAACAAAAAAAAAAAAAUAUAUAUAUAUAUAUAUACACAUAUAUGUAUGUAUAUGUAUAGCAGAAAAUAUGAUAUAUGUAUUCAGAGACAAGCGAAUGUAUUCUUUCUGUUAAACAAUUAAGUUAUUUAGCCCUGUGAUAUGUCAAAUAAACAGAAUUAAAAUUGUA